CGGGAACAGCCGCUGCCUCUCGCCGAAGCGGACGGACCCGAGAGACUCCCGGUCUUGCCCCUUUCUUCUGUGGCCGAGCCCGUUCCCAGGUCCUUAGCCAACCCUCUCUGACCCUCGGUCGCCGGCUGAGAAGACAGAAACCACAUUUUAAUUUCUACUGUCGCACCAUAAGGCACCCCUCCUUCCCCCUUGAGACGAGAAGCUUUGUUCAAAUCCCAUUUUUAAAACUAGCCAUUUAAAGAUGGGGAAGAGCUUUUCCUCAAAAGGUUUUUGAACUUAACGCUCCCUUAAGAACCUCUCGUUCCCCUGUAACAUGUUCUUAUACUUUAAAUCCUGGAAUUCUGCUUUGGGAUUUGUGGCUGGGUUGGUCCUCUUUCUGAAAAUUUCUACGAGAUUUUACAAAUUGCAAUACUGAAGACUUGUUUAAAAGAGAAGGGAACUAAGAUAAUUGUUUCAUUGAAAAUAUUUAGUAAUAAAAUUACAUGCAUAUGGGUAUGUAUUUAAAAGGGAAAUUUUAAUUAAUGUAUAUUGAAAAGGAAUAUGGUAGGGUAAAAAUUUCAAGUAACAGUGAGGCGUAUACAGUGUUAAGUCCCCUCUCCCCAAUCCCAUACUCCCAUGUCGUGUUCUCCCCUCCAGAAGCAACCACUCUUGUAAAUUUCCUGUAUAUCCUACCAUAAAUCUCCUAUUACAAUGAAAUUACACUAUAGAAAUGAUGAAAUGAAUUGAAUAUAAGACUGAACCAUGUAUUAGUGCUGAUGACAAUAGUUUGAUAUCCACUCGUGAUGACAUUAGAAUCUUUUAUUUGGCCUAAGGUGGACAAUUAUUACCUUGAAGAUCAGUUAGACUGCUAAAAAUCUUAAAACAAGCAUUUAGUGGAAAGCAGAACUAUUAAACUAUUAUUCCCUCCCACACAUAUACCAGUUUCUCCACACAGGUUUUUUAUAACGUUUGUUGAUUUUUUCCUCCAUUUUGGAACUCUUUAUGAAGAAGAGAAUGAGUACUAUAGUUUUCUUUGUCUACUGCAGUGUGUGUCUGAAAACAUUGAAAGGACAUAUGUAUGCUCCCAUUGACAUGAGGUAAUGAAAAAUGUUAGCAGUAAGGGAGAAAUAUGGAGUCCAGGUUUAAAACAUUUGGUUGCAUCUCUUAGUUUCAGGCCUAGAUUUGCCAUAAAGUAGCCACACAAAGUAACUUUCUUGGAAAAGCCUUUAUUUUCCCCUCAGUUAAUACUUAAAUUGAAUGGUUCUUAAGAGUCCUUCUAACUCCAAAAUUCUGUAAUUAAAAUAGUAGUUUUAUAGGUGUCUUAAGACUGGCUAAGAAUAACCCAGUUGGAUAUUAGACAGUGGGGUGACCAAAAAGAUUCCUGAGUGGCAGAUUCAUAAAGAGGAGUUUAGAGAUGUUUAAACUACAUUCCUGCUCUUAUGAGUUUGAUAUCAUUGGAGAACAGCUACUUUAACUUUCCCAUAAAAUGAAUGUCUGUUUAUGUUGCUGAGAGAAGCCAAACCCUGGGCUGAAUGGGCCUCUUCGUGCCACCUUGUGUGGCUAAAGAGUGAAUUCUCUUCACAGCUCACACUGCCGUUUUUAGGGAAAUUACUCUUACCAAAUCCUUACUUUUCUUUUUGGUAAAGUAAAAAUAAAGUUCAUUUACUUCAAAGAGACUUGACAUAUUCCUUACAGUUAAGAUAUUUUAGUUACUUUAUAAGUAUUCACUUAGAGAUCAUGCUCUUAGGAAACUAAUCUUUAAAACACCUACAACCUUUAGGCUGAUGAUCCCUGGGUGGACACUGGAGUUGAGGAGUGAUUGCAAAGUUGUGAUUGCAAAGUUAUGAAAGUAAAACGAAUUAGCUAAUUUUUGUUAUGUAUGAUCUAAAUUAAGGGAUUUCACAAGUACACUGUACAUCAUAAUUGCAAAAAUCAUUGAUGUUAAGAUACAUACUGGAAGCUUCUGAAACACGGAUAAAAAUAUGUAAUUAUUUUGAAUAAAUCUAUGAUAUAAAUUAUAGUAAAGUUUUAGGAAUUAUUUGAUUGGGAUGAACUAGCAUAAUAGAUUUGUAAGGUUGCUCAGAGUAAUCUUGAUUGACUGAAAAAACUGAUAAACAACAAAAACAUUAAGUACCAGUAGUGAAAUUCUUCACAAUGGCAAUAGUUUGGUUUUUUCCAGCUCUCUUCCCAAUCUUGCUAUAUGAAUGUAUAUUUUUGCAGAUGUCUUAUCAUAUUGGAGAUACAUUUUUACUGAUUUUUUAUAAACAUUUUUCAAUAGUUUACUGUUACUUAUAGUAAUUUUGUAAUUGUUUAUACAAUGGGUGUCUCAUCAUUUACUUAACCUUCCUAUUUUGAGUUUUCCAGUAUUUAAAAAAAAAUAUAAUGCCCAUCUUCAUGAAUGUAACUUUAUUCUUUUUCUUUUCUUUUUUGACUUCCUCAGGAGAGGUAGUAUAGUGUAGUUGCAAAUAGGUCGGCUUUAAAAUGAGAGGUUCUGGGUUCAAACCUAGCUUCAUCACCAUCACUUAUUGGCAAUUAUUGGGCAAGUAACUUAUUUACUCAGAACUUUAUUAAUCUGUAGAAUGGGUAUAGUAAUAGCUCUCUAUGAAGUUGUUAAGAUAAAAAGCAACGACGUGAAACACAUUGUAGCUAUUAUUCUUAUUAGGAAAUUUCCAGAUUUCUGUUAGUUUCCAAAUUACUUUCUAAAAGGAUUAUAUACAUUUAUACUGUCAUUAACAAUCUAUGUGUGUGCUUAUGUUAUUCUAAAACAUUAUUGUUACGAAUUUGAUCAGUGUGAAAUUGUAUCCCUUUGUUUUGAUUUGGAUAUGUUUGGUCUUGUACAAAGUGAGGGAUAGUUUUCUCAGCAGUAUUCUAUAAUUUUCUAAAUGAAGUGGUGGAAGCUUCAUUGCUUUAGUCAUUUUGAGCUGGACUAUAAGAUGAAUAUAUAACAGAGGUCAGUUAGAAUGCUAGUGAAGAUGGAACCCAAUUUUCCAAUAGGCUUUUUUUGAAUUGUAGUUUUAUUGUAUUUUCAGGCUAUACUAAUAUUUAUAAGCUAUUACUAUUAUUAUCUUAAACCUUAGAAAAGUAGCUGUUAAAAUUAAUAACUAAUAUCAUAUGUAAAGCCUAUUUAAGUGAAAAUACAAUCUUCUUUUCCUUGAAGGGCUGAUUUAUAAAUAGUAGUAUUGUCAUCACAAUUUGAUGGAUUUCUACUAGGACUGCUUCUCAAAACUUGAGGAAAAAUUGGAGAGAGAAAAUGUAUGAUCUUGAAUCAUGUUAUCUUUUGGCUACAAAUGGAUAAUGAAGCUAUGCUCUCUGACUGGAGUUCUUACAUAGUCAAGGUGCAAAAAAAGCUUUAAACAAGUUAAAAUCUAGGCAACAGACUCCCUGAAGUGUUGACUGCCCAACCUAAUCAUGAACGUGAUUCAAAAAUGUUAAUAAAUAAACCAAGACCAUGGGGAAUUCAUAUGCUGGGCAACUGAAAUCUGCUCGAUUUGAGGAAGCUCUCCACAACUCCAUAGAAGCCUCUCUCAGAUGUAGUAGUGUGGUACCACGGCCCAUUUUUUCCCAGCUGUACUUGGACCCUGAUCAGCAUCCCUUCUCAUCUGCAGAUGUCAAACCCAAGGUGGAGGAUUUGGAUAAAGAUUUAGUGCACCGGUACACUCAAAAUGGAAGUCUGGAUUUUUCUAACAGUCUGACAGUUACUGAAAUGGAAGAUGAUGAAGAUGAUGAAGAAAUGUCUGAUUCAAACAGCCCACCAAUUCCCUAUUCACAAAAACCUGCCCCAGAAGGAUCUUGCACUACAGAUGGUUUUUGUCAAGCAGGCAAGGAUUUGCGUUUGGUAUCAUUGUGUAUGGAACAAAUCGACAUCCCAGCGGGAUUCCUCCUGGUGGGAGCCAAGUCUCCCAAUCUUCCUGAACACAUCCUAGUUUGUGCCGUAGACAAGCGAUUUCUACCAGAUGAUCAUGGAAAAAAUGCACUUUUAGGGUUUUCUGGAAACUGUAUCGGCUGUGGAGAAAGAGGAUUUCGGUAUUUCACGGAAUUUUCCAACCACAUUAACUUGAAGCUCACCACCCAGCCAAAGAAGCAGAAGCACUUAAAGUACUACCUAGUCAGAAGCUCCCAGGGUGUACUGUCGAAGGGACCUCUCAUCUGCUGGAAAGAAUGUAGAAGCCGACAAUCCUCUGCUUCUUGCCACUCUGUUAAACCAAACUCUUCAGUGUCAUCAACUGUGACGCCAGAAAAUGGGACAACUAAUGGAUACAAAUCAGGAUUCACUCAGACAGAUUCGCCAAUGCUCAGCCCAGCUAAUUCUGCAAUCAAUUUAAGUGGAGCUCAGGACCUGACCCGGAAUAAGAAUGUUGUGAAACCACUGGCUUUAUCUUUGCAGGUUGUAGGGAAGACUUUUGCUGCAGAUGCUGCUAAUGGAAACAGUAGCCAUGGAGGGAAGAGCAGUGCAUCCAGCUCCACUCCAGCCCGACCAGGGAACUACUCUUUGUCACCAAGACCUAGCUAUGCAGCAGGAGACCAAGCUACCAUGUUCACUUCCGGGCCACCAAAGAAACGACACCGGGGUUGGUAUCCCGGGUCACCUGUCCCCCAACCUGGUUUAGUUGUACCUGUCCCUACAGUUCGUCCUCUUUCAAGAACUGAGCCCCUUUUAUCUGCCCCAGUUCCACAGACCCCAUUAACUGGAAUUUUACAACCUCGGCCCAUUCCUGCAGGGGAAACUGUAAUUGUUCCUGAAAACCUGCUGAGUAACUCAGGAGUUAGACCAGUCAUUCUGAUAGGCUAUGGCACUUUACCCUAUUUCUAUGGAAAUGUUGGUGACAUUGUUGUGAGUCCUCUGCUGGUGAAUUGCUACAAGAUUCCACAGUUGGAAAACAAAGAUUUGGAACAAUUAGGGUUGACUGGCAGCCAACUUCUGAGCGUGGAAAACAUGAUCCUUCUAACGAUACAGUAUCUUGUACGGCUAGGUCCUGAUCAGAUACCUCUCAGGGAAGAAUUUGAGCAAAUCAUGCUGAAAGCUAUGCAGGAAUUUACUCUGCGAGAGAGAGCCCUGCAGAUAGGUGCUCAGUGUGUACCUGUGUCGCCGGGACAGCUGCCCUGGCUUGCAAGAUUAAUCGCAAGCGUAUCUCAAGACUUGGUUCAUGUGAUCGUGACCCAGAACUCUUUGGCAGAGGGCAUUUCAGAGACACUGAGGACUCUCAGUGAAAUGAGACACUAUCAAAGGCUACCAGAUUAUGUUGUGGCAAUUUGUGCAUCAAAAAUCAGAGGAAAUGAAUUUUGUGUGGUAGUGUUAGGCCAGCAUCAGUCCCGAGCGCUGGCAGAGAGCAUGCUCACCACAAGUGAGUUUUUGAAAGAAAUUAGUUAUGAGCUCAUCACAGGAAAGGUCAGUUUCCUGGCAUCACAUUUCAAAACCACGUCAUUAGGCGAUGACCUAGACAAGCUGCUAGAAAAAAUGCAACAAAGAAGAGGAGACAAUGUGAUUACCCCCUUCAACGGAGACCUUAACGAAUGUGUGUCACCCCAGGAGGCUGCUUCUAUGAUACCCACACAAAACCUGGAUUUAGAUAAUGAAACCUUCCAAAUUUAUCAACCGCAGCUCACAGUGGCCAGAAAACUCUUGUCCCAGGUGUGUGCUAUAGCAGACAGUGGCAGCCAGAGCCUGGACCUCGGUCACUUCAGCAAAGUGGACUUCAUCAUCAUUGUCCCAAAGUCGGAAGUGUUGGUCCAGCAAACUCUUCAACGGAUCCGACAAUCAGGUGUCCUCGUGGACUUGGGUCUGGAGGAGAAUGGGACUGCUCAUCAGAGAGCGGAAAAAUAUGUUGUUCGCCUGGACAAUGAAAUUCAAACCAAGUUUGACGUUUUUAUGAGGCGUGUGAAACAGAACCCAUACACGCUGUUUGUGCUAGUUCAUGACAACUCCCAUGUGGAACUAACGAGUGUCAUUUCAGGCUCUUUGUCACAUGGUGAACCCAGUCAUGGCUUGGCUGAUAGAGUCAUUAAUUGCAGAGAAGUUCUAGAAGCUUUCAACCUCCUGGUGCUCCAGGUUAGCUCCUUCCCAUACACACUACAGACCCAACAGUCCCGAAUCAGCUCCAGCAACGAGGUUCACUGGAUACAGCUGGACACCCUGGAGGACGUGGGCUGCGAGGAGAAGCUGUACUUCGGCUUGAAUGAGUACAGCAAGUCUCUGCAGUGGGGGAUCACGAGCCCACUUCUGAGAUGUGACGAGACUUUCGAAAAAAUGGUGAACACACUCUUGGAGAGGUACCCCAGACUGCACAGCAUGGUCGUCCGCUGCUACCUCCUCAUCCAGCAGUACUCCGAGGCUCUGAUGGCCCUCACCACCAUGGCGUCACUCCGAGACCACAGCACACCAGAAACACUCAGCAUUAUGGAUGACCUCAUCAGCUCCCCAGGAAAAAACAAAAGUGGGAGGGGACACAUGCUCAUUAUCAGGGUGCCCUCGGUGCAGCUGGCGAUGUUAGCCAAGGAGCGGCUGCAGGAGGUGCGUGACAAGCUGGGGCUGCAGUAUCGGUUUGAGAUCAUCCUUGGGAACCCGGCCUCUGAACUCAGUGUUGCAACGCACUUUGUGGCACGAUUAAAGACUUGGAGAGGAAAUGAACCAGAAGAGUGGAUGCCUCGGACGUACCAAGAUUUAGAAGGUCUGCCUUGUAUAGUGAUAUUAACUGGCAAAGAUCCUCUUGGAGAAACCUUUCCCAGGUCUUUGAAGUACUGCGACCUCCGAUUAAUUGAUUCAAGCUAUUUAACUCGCACGGCCUUGGAGCAGGAGGUGGGUCUGGCAUGCUGCUAUGUCUCAAAAGAGGUCAUCCGGGGACCCACUGUUGCGCUGGACCUCAGCGGGAAGGAGCAGGAGAGAGCUGCCGUCAGCGAGAACGACUCCGACGAACUGCUGAUCGACCUGGAGCGGCCCCAGAGCAACAGCAGCGCCGUCACGGGAACUUCGGGUUCCAUCAUGGAGAAUGGGGUAAGCUCUUCCAGCACGGCCGACAAGUCCCAGAAGCAGUCCUUGAUCCCCAGCUUCCAGAGCCCAGCCGCCAGCGUAGGGCUGGACGAAGGGGUCUCCGCCGGCAUGGCCGGAGCUGGGGAGGCUCUAAAGCAGGAGUGCGAUUCCCUGGGCCCCCAGAUGGCGAGCAGCACCACCUCCAAGCCUUCGUCAUCCUCCUCGGGACCCAGGACCCUUCCGUGGGCAGGACAGCCUCUCAGAGGCUGUAGGGGCCUGCAUGCAGCCCUGCCACCAAUAGUGAUCUUAUCCAAAGCUGCCUACAGCCUUCUGGGCUCCCAGAAGGGUGGCAAGCUGCCGUCCUCCUCGUCCCUGCUGCCCCAUGCCGAUGUGGCCUGGGUGAGCUCCCUGCGGCCAUUCCUGCACAAGGACAUGAGCAGUGAGGAGCAGUCGCUCUACUACAGGCAGUGGACCUCUGCCCGGCAGCACCACGCUGACUACAGCAACCAGCCAGACCCGGCCUCUGGCACGCGGACCUUCCACCCCCGGCGGCUGCUGCUGACUGGGCCUCCCCAGGUGGGAAAGACUGGCUCCUAUUUACAGUUCCUUAGGAUCCUCUUCCGCAUGCUCAUCAGGCUCCUGGAGGUGGAUGUAUAUGACGAGGAGGAGAUCAACGCUGAUCACAGUGAAAGCAGUGAAGUGAGCCAGUCAGAGGGAGAGCCCUGGCCUGACAUCGAGAGCUUCAGUAAAAUGCCUUUCGACGUCAGUGUGCACGAUCCCAAGUACAGUCUGAUGAGCCUGGUAUAUACUGAGAAGCUGGCAGGGGUUAAACAAGAAGUAAUAAAGGAAUCCAAAGUUGAGGAACCCAGGAAACGAGAAACUGUGUCCAUGAUGCUGACCAAAUAUGCAGCCUACAACACUUUUCACCACUGUGAGCAGUGCCACCAGUACAUGGACUUCACCUCGGCCGCCCAGAUGUCUGACUCCACCCUUCAUGCCUUCACAUUCUCUUCCUCUAUGCUGGGAGAAGAGGUUCAGCUCUAUUUCAUCAUUCCCAAAUCCAAAGAGAGUCACUUUGUCUUCAGCAAGCAGGGCAAACACCUGGAGAGUAUGCGGCUGCCCCUAGUUUCAGACAAGAAUUUGAAUGCAGUCAAAAGCCCUAUUUUCACUCCUUCCAGUGGUCGCCAUGAGCAUGGACUCCUAAACCUUUUCCACGCUAUGGAGGGCAUCAGCCACCUUCACCUUCUGGUGGUCAAAGAAUAUGAGAUGCCGCUGUACCGCAAGUACUGGCCCAACCACAUCAUGCUGGUGCUUCCCGGCAUGUUCAAUAAUGCAGGCGUGGGUGCUGCCAGGUUCCUCAUUAAGGAGCUGUCAUAUCACAACCUAGAACUGGAGAGGAACCGCCUGGAGGAGCUGGGAAUUAAACGCCAGUGUGUCUGGCCUUUCAUUGUUGUGAUGGAUGACUCGUGUGUCCUGUGGAACAUUCACAGUAUUCAGGAGCAGACCAGCCAGCCCAUGGAAGCAGGAAUUUCCAGUAAGAAUGUGUCCUUGAAGAGUGUCUUGCAGCAUAUCGAAGCCACACCAAAAAUUGUCCACUAUGCACUCUUGGGCAUACAGAAAUGGAGCAGCAAGCUGACUUCUCAGAGCCUAAAGGCCCCAUUUUCUAGGUGCCACGUGCACGAUUUCAUUCUCCUCAACAUAGACUUGACUCAGAAUGUGCAGUAUGAUUUCAACAGGUAUUUCUGUGAAGAUGUUGACUUUAACCUGAGAACAAACAGUAGUGGCCUGCUCAUCUGCCGCUUUAAUAACUUCAGUCUCAUGAAGAAACAUAUUCAGGUUGGCGGGCAAAGGGACUUUAUCAUUAAACCAAAGAUCAUGGUGUCAGAGAGCUUAGCACCCAUCUUACCCCUUCAGUACAUCUGUGCUCCUGACAGUGAACACACGCUACUGGCAGCCCCUGCACAGUUUCUCCUGGAGAAAUUCCUUCAGCACGCUUCAUAUAAACUCUUCCCCAAAGCCAUCUGUAACUUCAAGAGUCCUGUGCUGGCCAUUGACUGCUACCUUAACAUUGGACCGGAGGUGGCCAUAUGCUACAUCAGCUCCAGACCCCACUCCAACAAUGUCAAUUGUGAAGGGGUGUGUUUCAGUGGACUCCUCUUGUACCUCUGUGACUCUUUUGUAGGUGCUGAUCUUCUUAAGAAAUUUAAGUUUCUAAAAGGUGCUACCCUGUGUGUCAUCUGCCAAGACAGAAGCUCCUUACGCCAAACAAUUGUCCGCUUAGAGCUAGAGGAUGAAUGGCAGUUCCGCCUCCGGGAUGAGUUUCAAACUGCUAACAGCAGUGAUGACAAGCCUCUCUACUUUCUUACUGGACGCCAUGUAUGAGCUUUUGACACGACCAAAAAUAGCAAGGGGAUGCCUAGGUAGAGUGAGACAGAAACAAUUUGGGAUUUUUUUUUUUCCUUUAAAGUACAAUCACUGUGGAGCAAAGUGCAACAUAUUUGUCUAUUCUCCAAAGAACUCCCCAAAUCUGGCCCAGGUCUUUGGGGAUAUCACUUCCCUUCAGUUCCAAUUACAGGACCUUAAGUUCAGGUAAACUCUACCCUAGGCAGUUAUGCAAUUACUUAAGAUAUGGUCUGCCUAUGGGAUCCUAAGGAAGAUACACUUUGGAGAAUGAACAUGGAGUUUGCAUUGUUUUUUCUACUACACCAUGUCAGGAGGAAACAAUUUUCAGCAUUAGCUAGCCUGAAUGUGUUACAUGAGACGCACACCACUGGUGUGAAAUUAAUUGAAGAUUAACAUUUGAGGCCUGAACCCUCAGUUUCUCUUCAGAUCUGUACUUUGGUACAGUAUUACUCAGGGGUCUGAAAUGAUAGAAUGUAGAAGAUAUUGGUAUUUAAAAAAGAAGUAGCUUUGUCUUUCUCUGUGCAGUGUUAGUUUAAGAUUUAUAAUCUUCUAUGUAUUGAAAGUUUUGGCAAAAUUUCCACAGGAGUUAAAAGUUUACUAUUUAAACUGAACAAACAUCAGUAAAUGCAGAGCAGGCAUUGUGUGCAUUUAUGCAGCUUCUCCUAGCUUAAUUCCUUUGCUUUUCCCAUUCUUUAAAAAGGUUUCCAGUCUUUAAGCACAUCAUGUCUAUGAGAAUAUGGAACAGUGAUUAAUCUUGUGCAAGAACUGAUAAAGUUGAGCCAAAUAAGAAGGCAGUUUACCUGCAUCCACCCUGUUUGGUUGGAAUUAAGCAGAUGGUACCAGCAAACAUAAAUGUCAGGCCGAGGUUCUGUUGUGGAGUGGAACUAGUUCAUUUCCUUUCAGGGACUCAAGCAAAGCUGCCUUUAAAAGACACACUGAAUUAGCCACCUUACACUGACAACAAAACAAAUUGCUGAAAUGGGAAAUAGAGCCAUAGAAAGAGAGAGAAAUGUUUUCCUUUAUCUUACCAGUGAAUUCUUUUGUAAGGAGUAAGGAAGAUUCUAUAAAUUUCUACAGAUUUCUCACCAAAUAUUUUAAUCAAAAACAUUUUUAUAAAAUGUUCUAGAACAAACUAAGUCUAUGGGAAGUUUACUCUUAAAUUACUCCAAUUCUCAUCCCUGAACAAUCUCUUGAGAUUUUUUUCAUUAGCCCAUAUAUACCACUUUAACCCCACUUAAAAUGGCCAUUUUUACUUGAAUCGAUCUUGUUUGUGUGACCUGAAACUACUGAGGGGUCUAUAAAGCCUGCAUUUACUUAGAACAAAUAGUGUUAAUUGACCAGCUUUAUUAUCUUGUGUUAACAAGGAGUUUACAGCUAGUGAAAUGAUGGAAUGUAUUAGACUGAAAAUGGUUUGCAGAUCGCUUGGUUUUAAUUAUAGCUACUUAUGAUGCUUUAAAUGUAUUUUGAAAUGAACAAUUCCUUUUAACCCCAUUUUUAAUUGUCCUUCAGAGAGGACCUGCCUUAUAUAUGCUUUAAAAAUACUCCUUAAUUUUAGUACAGCAGAUAUUUUGGCAAAAAGGUUAUGUUUUGAAGGAGUUUGGUUUAGAUAUGAAUGUAUUUCACGUGUUCCUGUUUUGCUGAAAGGGCCUAAUGCAGACAAUAUCAAGAAACCCACUGUUUGUGCAAUAUUCCAAUACCAUUUACUAUGUAGGGCAGAUAAAAUACUUGAAAUAAUUCUAAAACAAUUGUACUUGGGAGAGAUGGCCUCUCAGGGUUUCUUCUGGCUUUAUGACUUCAUGGUCUGAAGAAUGUUUUUUUAAAGUAGUUAUAUCAGAUGCAGGCAUUCCAUAUUACUUAGGGCUGCACUCUGAAAAUUCAAAUGAUUUUGAGCUCUUAAAUACUAUUUAAGUCUUUGGAGGAAAAAUGCCAGAAUAAAGCCAAAAGACCGUCACCCCCAAUGAUGGAGAAACUGACCUGCCUAUUCUUUUCAAAGCCUAGCUUACUAAGGUUUGGAGCUUUUAAAAUCAUCAGUAUAAUUCUUUACAGAAUGUAAGGUCCUUCUUUAAGGAAAAAAUUGCACAAGCACAGGACACCAUGAUUUGUUAAUAUGUAUCUUGGUGUUUUCAGCUUUAAGCUUUGCUAUCCCUUAGAACACUGAUGUGGGGUAAAUGGAUUCGCUAGACCCCCACAGUAACUCACCUAUAGACCUGCUGAACCUCGGCAUGUAUGACAGUUCACACAGGUUAAUACUGAAUGUAAACUAAAAAUUAGAAUUGUUGUAGUCAAUUUUUUUGGCUGUAAUUUAUGCAAUUGCUUUUUGUGAUUUUUAGAAAAGGGGGCACCUGUGUUACUUUAUUACUGUAAAAUUUUUCUUAACCAAAAUUUGGUGAAUUUCACUAGUCAGUCUACCUCACAUUUUGUUUAUGAUUCUGAAUUGUCUUAAGUUGUGUCUACUGUAUGUUCUUGUCCUUUCAUUUAAUCUGAUGAAUGUAUUAAAAUUCUCUCCCACCCCCCUUCAAAAA